AUGGAUCCAUCCGAUGCCUCAUUCGGAACGCUAUCCGGCCUGGGACCACCGCAAAUUCACAGUGGAAACCCUUAUUUGUGUUCAAGCUGGCCGCAUGAGAGCAGCCCAUUCCCUCCAUCUUCUAUAUCCAAUCUACAACCUGCUUCUGUCCUUGCCAAAAAAGAAAUCAUGGAGCAGCACGUCUCGUCCACUCCAAAUCCUAUCCCGGGAGUCGUUGUUCUGCAGUCAUGGCUAUCUGCCAAUGCCCAGAAUUUACUGCCCCCAUGGGUAUCAUCUUUCGGAGAGAAGGGCAAUACAGGGGUACUCUAUGCUAACGUGGUUGUUCGGGACAAAGUUAACCAGACAGAGGAGUGGUUCUACCAAAUUAAGGGUGACAUGUUGCUCAAGAUUGUCGAGAAUGGCGAUUCCUUUCGUGACAUUGUGAUUCGAGAAGGCGAGAUGUUCCUUCUGCCUGGAAACAUCCCGCAUUCCCCAAUCCGGUAUAAGGACACAAUUGGCCUCGUCAUGGAGCGCACUCGGCCCUCGCACGUAAUGGAUCGCAUACGGUGGUACUGUCCCAACGAGGAGGCUCACCAGACUGCCCCCAGUAUCAUCCGGGAAGAGACAUUCCACUGCGCAGAGAUCGAAACACAACUUAGGGAUCUCAUUAAUCAAUGGAUGACGGACGAAAAAGCACGAAAGUGUGAUGGUUGUGGGCAGAUUGCGCCGCCGUAUUGA